AUGGAUCGUUCAGCAUUCUCCGUCCAUGACUCGGUUGCGUACAUUUGGCAACAGCUUGGUCUACCCGAGAAUGCUUUAGAAUCACUUGAACUGCCGGUUGAUGCCGAAUGUCUUCCGUCUUCUUUCAAAGUAGAUAUCCUCGCACAGUCAACCAUCGCCGUAUCUGCACUCGCAGCAGCUCUCUACUGGUCCGCCCGACAUGCAAACAAGAUACCACACGUGACUGUCCCAGCUGAGCAUGCAUGUGUUGAGUUCAAGUCCGAAAGACUGUACACACUUGAUGGAAAAAAUGCAUCUCCGCCGUGGGGCACGAUUGGUGGAUUACACAAAGCUUCCGACGGAUAUGUAAGAAUACAUGACUCAUUUCCAAAUACACGGCGGAACGCAUUGCAGAUCCUAGGACUAAGUCUUGAUUCUUCCAAAGAUGAUGUUGGAAAAGAGGUCACGAAAUGGAAGGCUGUCCAAUUAGAAGAUGAAGCUUUCCGGCGAGGAGCUGUCAUCGCUGCACUGCGAUCCUUUGAAGAAUGGGAUGCACUACCACAAGCCCAAGCUAUUGCGGACUUUCCGAUCCUGAUGAUGAAGGCCUCUCAUAUCACGCCUUAUAUGCCACCAGUCCCAUCCGUAUUUGAAGACAACAAAUGUCUACGAGGCAUUCGUGUGGUUGAGAUGAGCCGAGUCAUAGCUGCGCCUGUUGCAGGCAAGACACUAGCCGCACACGGGGCGGACGUAAUCUGGAUCACAUCGCCGUCUUUACCUGCUCUUCCAGGUCUCGAUAUUGAUCUAUCGCGUGGAAAACGUACAGUACAGCUCGACAUAGAGAAGAGCGAAGACAAAGCAAAGCUCUUGGAUCUGCUUUCCACAGCUGAUAUUUUCAUCCAGAGCUAUCGUCCUGGGAGUUUUGCCUCAAAGGGACUCUCUGCAAAGGAACUUCACAAAACAAAUCCCAACCUGAUUGUAGCCAGCCUAGAUGCUUAUGGUCCUCAUGGCCUCUGGAGCCAGAAUCGCGGUUUUGAUUCGUUGGUCCAAACUUGCUCUGGUAUCAACGUUGCAGAAGCACAAAGGUAUGGUGAUGGUGAGCCCGCACAUGUGCUACCCUGUCAAGCUUUGGACCACGGCGCGGGAUACCUCCUGGCCUCUGGUGUUAUGACAGCACUAUAUAAGCGUGCUACUGAAGGAGAUAUAUAUGAAGUGAAGGUAUCAUUGGCCGGUGUCAUGAAGUAUCUACGGUCUUUGGGGCGGUAUGAAGGCAAGAGCGGAUUUGAUCGCAAAGACUUUAAAAACUCGCAAGAUGUCGAAGGAUAUUCGGAAUCUAGAGAGACAGCCUUUGGUAUACUGAGAGCCGUCAGACACUCUGCGAAAAUUGAGAACGUCGAAGUUGGUUGGGAGACUAUGCCUAAACCUCUAGGCAGUGACACUCCUGUCUGGAUCGACCAUACUCACAGAUACUGA